AUGGCCCUGAUGAAUCUUUCAACUGGUCCCCGGCAGCGCGACAAGGUCUAUGGACGGAAGCGACUGGUUCCGCUGGCCACGAGCGAUGCAAAUCGAAGCCUAUUCGCCGGCAAUGACCCUUCACUCUCACUGGAAAAGGCUGUAGCAAAGCUGUCAAUCAAAGAAGCUCACGAUUCAAUACAAACUCAACGAAGUGCUGCAGCCUUAAAUGACAAUCAAUAUCAAGAGGAGCGACUACCUGGACGCUGUGACAAGCAGGAGCACGAUGAGCCUCCUCAAGAUGUCUCAUUUGCGCCAGAUGAGGACGUCGUAACCGUCUCGAAGCCCGUCGUUGAGCGGAAAGUAGCAUUAUCCAAAGAAGAACGCGCGGUACUGAAGCCUGUGAUGGCUUUUCAUCGUGUCGCCUCAUUCGCGCGCGACUUCUCUGCUUUUGGAAGCCAACUCACCAAGGAGUUCGACGUCCGAAAGCUCAACGAAGGCUCCUACAGCGACUGCUUCGUUGUCCGAAAACCAAACGAAGACGUUGAAACCGCUGUCCUGAAGAUCAUUCCGCUUGAGUGCAAUGGCAGAGCGUCCUCUGGAGCAGCGAGCCGGGCAUAUGAUUUCUUGCGAGAAGUGAAGCUCCUGGCUGCGCUGGAAGACUUCCACGGUUUUGCACAGAUCUUCAGGAGUCGGAUCGUUCGCGGAAGAAUGCAUGACCAAAUGAUUCAGGCAGCUAGAGACUGGCUGGAAACCACACAGGAGGACGUUGACAAAACCAUAGAUCCCGGAUCAAGAUAUCCCGAAGAUCAGAUCUACGGAGUCAUUGAGAUGGCGUACGCUGGGACUGACCUAGACCUCCUCGAGAAGCCUUCUGCUUUCCAAGCAUUCGACGUAUUUUGGAUGGUCGCUAUCCUGCUGGCCAAGGCCGAGAAGGAGAUCGAAUUCGAGCACAGAGACUUACACAUGUCGAACAUCUGCUUCCGCCCAGGCAACGAAGGCACUGUUGAUGUCAGCACAGGCUUCGUCCAGGACAUGAGAAAGAAUCCGUCCAAGGUCUUAGGCUUGUCGGGCCUCCGAGUUAGCAUAAUCGACUACACGCAUUCGCGGAUGCGCGAUGCAAAAACGGGCGAGAUACUAUACAAUCCUGAAUGUCCCUUCACCGCAGAGGAAAUGGCGUCUUACAAACGAGAACGCCGUCCUUGCGAUCAGCUCGACACAAUCGUCAAGGCCCAGCAGUGGAUGUCACAGAGCCACCAAAUUCAGAAAGAUGGUGCUGCGAAAUAUGAGACAUUCACCCCAAAGACAAACGUGAUCUGGCUUUCGAACGUAUUGUACGAGCUCACCAAAACCGCUGGGUCGAAGAAGAAGCGUUGCCAUGUCCCAGGAAGUUCUGCGACGGCCAAAGACUUACAGGAUGAUUUGUGGAAUAAGUUAGCGAAGACAUUGAAGUGGAUUGGUUCGCCAGAUUUACAUUCGCUACCGGAAAGUGCAGAACGUUUUCUCAACGAGGCCAUGGAUCUAGGACUGAUUGCGAAGCCGGAUGUCGAUGCUUUUAUGGAGAGCUUGAACAUUGAUGCUUCACCAGCAGGCUGA